AGCCCGCCAUUUUGCGCGGGGUGGCGGUAUUGUCCCGAUGAGCCGGGGGGGCACGGGCCGUCUCCUCGUCGCCUCGACUACAGCCGACGUCUACGGCCUUGCAGCUACUGCGGCUACUGCUGCUGCGACUGCGGCGUGCAAAGACGAUCGUCGUCCUCAGGGGGUCGGUGAUUGAGCGGUGGUAGUGGGACAAGAGUCGCUUAAUCCGUGCUCCGCCGGAUCGGAUGUCAUCGGUCGUGCGUGGCGCGGACUUGUUUGCCUCUCUGGGUUUUAUGAAGGGAAAUUUGAAGUACGUCAAGCACUGGAGAUAACAGGAAAGAGAAGACGCCUGGGCGGGCGGGCCGGCCGGCUGGGGGGGGACGGGACGGGGGCGGCGGCGUUUGUCAUCGGUGAAGUCGAUUUGGCGGUCGCCGCAAUGUUACUAGCGGGCGUUAGUUAGCGCGGUGAUCUCGGGGAAUAUAACAAAAAAGGUUGAGCUUUCAUUGAGCUUCGCUUGCUGGCGGCGGACUGGGGGGUGGGGUGUGAAGGGGAGGGGCCGUGUGCACGUGCGCGCACGUCCCCCCCCCCCCCCAACACGCGCACGCGCGCGCGCUACCCACGUGUGCGCGUCGCGUGUGCGCAUGCGCGGGCUCCCACGUGCGUGUGCGUGCGUGCGUGCGCGCCUUGGCGUAGCGCGCACGUGUUUACACAACGCCCCCCCCUCACCACCAACAACAACGCCACCACCAAUAACGUCGCCUCUCCACGUCGCGCCGACAUGAACAUCGACACGCUGCUGGAGGCCGCGCGAUACGUCGAGUGGCAGGACAAGCAAGGCGCGCGCGCGGACAAGCUCGAGAUCUCAUUGGAGCGCGAUGUGGAAGGCCGGCUGUCGAACGGGGACCACACCCCGCACGUGUACACGCUCGUGCUACCCACCGGCGCGCUGCUGCCCUCCGCAGCGCCGCCCUCGCCCUCCUCUGCUCGGCGGCCCACGAACGGCACGUGCGACGCUCACACGGGCGGGCGCGCGCACGCCGUCUCGGCUGUCACCGGCGCCACCGCUCCGCCUUCGACCCUGCACCAUCACGGCGCCUCCCAGAGCCCGGGGGGGGCGGCGGUGGCGGCGGCGGCGGCGGCAGUGUCGCCCCCAUCGGCCAGCUCGACGGCCGACCCGAGCAAAUUGACGCCCGAUUACAAGAGGUUCGCCCCAACGCAGCCUCUGUCGGCCGGCACAAAUGCCACACCAAGGUCCGGCCCGGGUGGUCGGGCUGCUCAGCAGCAGCAGCAGCAGCAGGCGAACGUUGCCACAGCGGGUGGGAUGAUGGCAGUGACGGUUUCGCCAUCGCAACCACCUCUCGCAGAGACUCCAGCCCCGGUUAAUGCUCGAUUUGCAAACCCAGGCCGCGUCCUGCUUCACCAUCAUCAGAACCAUCAGCAGCAACAGCCUACCUUGUUGCUGCCCGCUUCCACGUUUAAGGAGCCGUCGCUCUCUGCGGGUUCGGGCUCCGAGAGUCCUGGCCGAGCAUUCCCACAGGCCGCGGGGCCGGGUUCGGCGAGUCCGGGCCAAGCCGGGGUCACUGGCCAGUCGGCUCAGCCAGCGCUGCUACCGCCCAUGGCGCCCAGCAAAGUCGCACAGGCUUCGGCAGAUGAGCUAUUUCCAGCCGAUCAGAAGAGGAGACCAGGAGGUGCCGGAACGAGGGAAGUCCACAACAAGCUCGAAAAGUCCAGGCGCGCUCACCUCAAGGAGUGCUUCGACGCGCUCAAGAAGAUCAUCCCCAGCAUGGAGGAGAAGAAGACGUCAAAUUUGACGAUCCUGCGCGGAGCCCUGCGCUACAUCCAGGUGCUCAAGCGGAAGGAGAAGGAGUUUGAGCACGAGAUGGAGCGUCUGGCUCGCGAGAAGAUCUCGUCGCAGCAGCGGCUUGCCGACCUGCGCAACGAGCUGGGCGAGAGCCUGGACUCGGCGCACAUUGAAAGCCUCCUGCGCCAGGCCAUGCCCCGCGGGCCCACACCACGGCCGGGGCACUCGAAUAGCCGCGGCGCCACCGCUGCCGCUGCCGCCACCGAUGACGACGAGGAUGACUACGCGGAGGACGACGACGCGACCUCCACAGCCUCUGAGGGAGAAGAAAACGUGGAUGACGAACUGGAGAAUUCUGGACCCGUCCUGCCUUCUGAAACACCAUCGUGGUUCCAAAAGACAGCAUCACCCCAGAACGUACCAUCCCAGCCUCUUUCGCAGAGUGCACCGAUGCAGCCUUUUUCCCAGAAUGUAAAGGUGCAGGCUUUUGCCCAGAGUGCACCUUGGCAGGCCCUUCCCCACACUGCAAAAGGACCGGCGGCCAGUCAGAACGCCACGGUGCAGAUCUUCGCCCAGCACACGGCAUUGCAGGCCUUCCCUCAGGGCGCUCCGGUGCAGGCCCCUUCGCAAGAGCCGCCUGGACAGACCUCUCAAAACGCGGCCCUGCAGGCGUUGGCGCAGCACGCCACCGUGCAGACUCUAUCUCCGCGUACCACGGUGCAGGUGCUCUCCCAGCUUGGCUCGCCAAUACAGGUGGCUUGCCACCCCGCGCCGCCAACUGCCCCGUCCAGUGCGACGCCUCGUAAAGCUCCGCAGGCUACGUCACCGCAGCCGGCGGCGGCGGCUGCGCCCGUCCGCCAGGUGCCAGCCGUCGGUCCGGGUCGGCACGUGGGCACCCCGGUGCCCGCGGCCCAGCACGCGUCAGUGGUGCAGGUGGUGGGCGGCGCGGCGCCUCCCGGCUCCUCCCAGCAGCCCCUGCGGCCGUCAAAGCUGGCGACGGUAGUCGGCGCGCCAUCCCAGAAGCAGCACGUCCCGACGUCGCAGAAUCACUACCACGCCGUGACGGUGACCACGGCGACCGCUCGUGCCGUGGGCCCGGCGCUGUCGCACGCGCCGAUGCUGCAUCGGAGCGUCGCGCAGCACGUGCUGACGCUGCCGCACGCCCUGGUGCACGACAAGGCCGGCGUGGCGACCACGCUGAGCCUGGCGGCGGCGGUGCCACAGAGGGCCGUCGCGUCCGGCCAAACGUCGGUCAUCCAGGCCCCGCUCGGCCACGCGCUUCACGUCCUCCGUCCCGUCAACCCCGACGCGGGCGGCAAGCCCGCCCCGGGCGUCGGCACGAGCCUGCAGGUGACAGACAUUCGUGCCAUGUCUGCCGCGGGCCCCGGCUCCCCGGCGACGAGCCACGCCGUGAGCGGGAGCCCCAAGGCGGCGGCCCCGCUGCUCAUCGGGCAGACCGGUCCGCUCGGACACGUGACGGGGGCGCACAUCCUAAUCGGGCGGCCCAGCGCCGCCGUGAUCCACGUGGCGCAGCCCGGCGUCCCGCCGCAAGGCGUCAUCGGCGGGGUGGGACCAAGGGGCGGCCCCCGCCUGACGCGACCCCGGGGUGGGGCCCCUUCAUCCGCGGUGACUCUGGAGGCUGCUCCGAAAGCGCCCACGCUCGUGCACCCUUUACCCGCCGGUGCUGUCGCCACCACCACCCACAUCAUCAGUUUGCCUGUCCUCAUCGGGCAAGGCAGCGGAGCGGCCGGUCAGCUGGCGGCUGCUUCGGUCCUGGUCGGACGGCCGGGCAGUUUGGUGGAGCCGCACGUCACUCCGGCCAUCGCCUCCGCCUUGGCCGAUGCUCACGCUGCUACCGCCAACGGCGCGGAUGCAAAAGCGCCUGCCGGCGACGCAAUUCCUGCCGUGGAGCAGCCCGAGCCAGCCGCUGCCAUGACCGCAAUAGAGACGCAGCGAAAUGUGACGCCCGCAGGAAGAGCUGCGCCUGCGCUUACGCCGGCGUCUACGUCGGCGUCGGCAGCAGUGCCAGUGACUUUGCCGGCGCCCUCGCCAGCGCCCCCGCCUGCCCUGCCGCCACACGAUGCGGAAGCGCCGAAGUGAAGGGACGUUUCGGUGCGGCGUGGCCCAUGGACGAUCACGACUCCACGCUUUUUUUUUUAUCUCUGUCGACGACGCAACGCCGUCGCCGUUGCGCCUGUGCAAAUGUGCUCAUUGUGUAUUUGCCCGUGAGGUGUACGAGAACGGGUGCGGACGAAUUUGUUAUUCAUGAUGAUCGUUUGGGUAGUGCUGGUCGGGUACAUGAAUGACGUUGGUUACCGUGCAGUCGAACUAGUGUCCUCCUUUGGUAAAAUGAUCCUAAGUUUUCAUUAUUGUCGAAGAUUUAAAUGUGUAGCUGAGCUAAUUUAAAUGAUAGAAACCAGCUGACAUUUGUAUAUUAUUGUAAUGUCAAUUUUAUAAUAAAUGGAACUUUUGUACAUAUUAAUUGCUGGUAUAUACUGUGAAAAUGUGGCAAGUGUUUUUAUUAUAAACCGGACCCUGUGUGUUGCUUUGGGAUGCUUACUAAAGCUUUGCCCAGCUGCAUUUACAUAAAGGGAAGAGUAAGCUCUCGAAUGCGCUUAACCAAUGUCAUUUAUAGUAGCCGAUGGUCAAAGUCUUUUUAAUCACUUAAUUUGUAAUAUUUUUGUUUUAUAUCACAGCAUAGCAUUUUGGUAUUUUGGCUAGCGCAAGCUUUACAUUUGAGAUAACUGUGCGUGAGGCAACGUGCUCAGCAGUGCAAUAUCCUGUGUCCUGUACGAGUCCCGUGCGCGAGCAGCGGGCGCGCGGGGUGGGGCAGCCGCACAGCGGAAACCAUUCCGCUCCCGUGUGGCGGUGGCACACAUCGUCACAUCCCUACCUUCCUCAACAACGAAAUUUCUCUUGGCGUCUUACGCGAUCUGCGCCUAGAGCUGGUUCACAUGACAACCCCUCUGCCCGGGCAACGUGUUCUUUCGUAUAAACGCGUGGGUAUUGUUGACGAUGGAAAUUAGAAGUCUGCAAUGGUGAUUUCUUUUUUAAGUUUUUGUCAGAGUGUGGUGAGCAAGCCAGGUGUGUUGUGGGAAGUUUGGGAGAACUCUAGCUACGUGUUAUAGCUUAGCGACUGGUGGUCACCUAAAUGUUUCAACGGCCCCUGAAGCUGCCCUUGCUUUGGCUUUGUGUACACCGUUACGUGUCCGUUAAGCCCAUAAGUCAUAGAAUAGCGAGGUUAUCUCGGUGGCUUAACUUGGCCCUAGGAGAGCAGAAAUACAUUUUAGGCGAUUUAUUUUUAUCCAAAACAUUUCCCUUUUGGUGACAUCACCAAAAAAAUGUAUCCAACUUGGCCAAUUGUGUUGUUGAAGGAUUUAAUCAUUGCCAUUGUGAAAUAAUAGAAUCUGAACAUGGGAUGUAGACAAUAAUCUCCCACGGGUAA